CACACCCAAACCAACCAGUCAAGAUGUUCUCGUGUGGAUUGAACUUGGUGAAGAGCUCACUGCUCAGACCUCAGCUCCCUGUGCAGCCUCUCUCCGUGGGUAAGCGUUUCUCCCACGAGUACGCCCCAAGGUUCAAGCAGAUUAGAAAGGCUCAGAAGGGAAGGGUGCCAGUGCGUACUGGUGGCUCUACAAAGGGCAACACGCUGAAGUUUGGCACGUAUGGGCUGCGUCUGAAGAGUGAGGGCACACGGCUCAAGGCGAUCCACCUGAAGGAGGCUGAUAACAUCAUCAUGAAGCUGAUGAGAGCGAACGGAGGGAAGCUGUGGAGACGUCUGUCGACGAGCAUUGGUGUCGCCAUCAAGGGUAACGAGACCAGAAUGGGUAAAGGUAAAGGUGCCUUUGACCACUGGAUGGCCAGAGUGCCUACCGGCAAGGUUCUGUUUGAGUGUGGCGGUGAAAACCUCCACGAACAGGUUGCCAGAGAGGCCAUGAGACGUGCUGCUGAUAAGCUGCCAGGCCAGUACGAGUUCAUCACAAGGGACUCGCCCGUGAGAAUCAGCUUGAGAGCCUUCCAAGAGGAGGAGAAGCAGGUGAAUCACUUUGAAGAGGCCAAGAGAAACCCGACAAAGGCCUGGGCGAACAAGCAGAAGGCCAAAGAGGACAUCUACAAGAUCUACAGAGGUCGUUAGAACACUGUACAAACAAGGCCAUCGCACACCAUUAGUAGUAUAUAAUACACCUUUUCAUGUAUAUACCGUUACACCACACAUACAAAGGUAGUCAGACG